AUGGCUUCCCCUCCAAAGCCCUGGGAACGGGCCGGUGCUCCAACAACAGCUGCCUCAAGUGCGUUGAACACCACAAACGUCACACCCAUGUCUGCCGCAUCUAUCGCGACCCCGACACCGGCCACAUCCCUCUCCGGUGGUACCCCGCCCGCCGUCCCCGAACGACCUGCCUCUCUCGCCUCCGCGGUUGACCAGAACGCUGCCGCUUAUAGCAGAGCAGGCUUAGGUGCGGCCGCCAGUCCCUACGGCUCAUACGGCGGCGGUGCCUACUCUUCUCCUUACAGCAGCCCAUACUCAAGGAUGGGUUCCUACGGUGGCUACGGCGGCGGUAUGUACGGUGGUGGCAUGUAUGGCGGCGGUUACGGCGGUGGCAUGUAUGGAGGAGGCAUGUACGGUGGCGGUAUGGGCAUGGGCGGUAUGGGAGGCAUGGGAGGACCCAAUGAUCCGAACAGCCUUACCAACAGAUUCAACAACAGCACGCAGGCGACAUUCCAGAUGUUGGAGGGUGUCGUUGGUGCCUUUGGAGGCUUCGCCCAGAUGUUGGAGAGCACGUACAUGGCCACACACUCAAGCUUCUUUGCAAUGGUGUCAGUAGCAGAGCAAUUCAGCAAUCUUAGGGAUACCUUGGGCUCGAUACUCGGUAUCUUCACCUUGAUGCGUUGGAUCCGCACCCUUAUCGCUAAGAUCACCGGCCGCCCGCCUCCAGCCGACGCGACCGCUCUCACCCCAGCAGCCUUUGCCAAAUUCGAAGGCCGGUCGCCCAUCGGCCCCGACGGUGCUCCCCUGGGACCCCCCAAGGCUUCCCGCAAGCCGCUCUUCUUCUUCCUCCUUGCAGCCUUUGGUCUCCCGUACCUGAUGCGCAAGAUGAUCAACACCAUGGCAGCAUCUGCGGAGGAGGAGGAACGUCGCCGCAUGGCGCUGGCCAACGCGCAACAGCCCUUGGACCCGUCCAAGCUUGAUUACUGCCGGUUGCUGUACGACUACGCUCCUCAGCCUGGGAACGCCGUCAAGGACGUUGAUAUGGAAGUGCGCAAGGGCGACCUCGUCGCUGUUCUUUCCAAGAGCGAUCCCAUCGGCAACCCUAGCGAGUGGUGGAAGUGCCGCGCGCGCGAUGGCCGUACCGGGUAUCUGCCGUCGACCUACCUCGAGGUUAUCAAGCGACCUGGUCAGCCUCUCGCUGCCAUCAAGGGUGCACCUAGCGACAGCAGCCGAACCAACUCGCUCACCGGCGCCGCUCCCGAAAAGGGACCGGAAAUCAAAACGAAGAUUGGAGAUGUUUCGCCCGAGAGCUUCCAAAAGAGCGUGUUCUACAACUAAACUACAUAUAAACCAUCCGUCACGAAGGGCGACCUAUCUGGCAGGAACGAUAAAGCGGUGUGACGAGUGAUGCGGCGAGUGGAGAGACGGAUUUUUCUUUGUAGGGUUUGUACGAUGUGGUGCCCGUUUGGGAUAUUUGCAAGUUCGUUUAGGACUCAAAAGCUGGGCGUUCAGGUUCAUGAUCGCGUCCCUUGGUAGUGGGAGCGGAUGGAGUGACCGCUUGGAUAUCAUGGCCUCAAUUUGAUGUGUGAAUACACAAUUCAAAGCCAUGAGUAGCGGUAGUGUAAGCGACAGGACUCUUUACUAUCAAAUAUUAAGUAUCAAACCAUUUCUAUCGUCGUGCAUAUUGAGAGAAGAAGAAGAAGGGUGAAGUCUAAACGCGAUGAGAUAACACAUGUGACAAAACCAGCAUCUCUGUGGCACUACACUACCUGCGAAGCCUUGGGCGGGUUCUGGACCGGGUUAGUUCGUCAGACUAUCC